CGGAGGAAGGUUGCCAUGGAAACCGGGCCUAAGCUCUGGAUGCGAAGCUGCCCCGUUUUCCCAGAGCGAGGGGGAGCCUGAAGCCGCAGCCUGGCGGCCGCCGCAUAACCUAAGGGCCUCGGCGGAGCUCGGCAGCCGUCGCCAUGUCCUUCCGAGACCUCCGAAACUUUACUGAAAUGAUGAGAGCUCUGGGCUAUCCUCGUCUCAUCUCCAUGGAAAACUUCCGGACUCCAAACUUUCCUUUGGUAGCAGAAAUUCUCAUUUGGCUUGUUAAAAGAUAUGAGCCUCAGACAGAUAUCCCAACCGAUGUGGAUACGGAGCAGGAUCGGGUUUUCUUCAUCAAAGCUGUAGCUCAAUUCAUGGCCACUAAAGCUCACAUUAAACUCAACACCAAGAAGCUGUACCAGGCUGAUGGUUAUGCAGUGAAAGAGCUGCUGAAGGUUACCACUGUUCUCUACAAUGCCAUGAAGACAAAGCGAAUGGACAAAGGUGACGAUGCUGAAGAAGAGAAUUUGAAGUUCAAAUUUGACUUGGGGUCAAAGAUUUCAGAUCUGAAGGCCGCAAGACAACUAGCCUCAGAAAUAACCUCUAAAGGAGCAACGGUGUUUGAUUUACUGGGAAAGGAAGUGGAUCUGAGGGAGGUGAGGACAGCAGCAGUUGCGAGGCCUCUGGAGAUCAAUGAGACCGAGAAGGCACUUAGAGCUGGAAUUAAGGAGAUUCUGGAGCAAGUGCAGAAGACCAAGGAUAUGUUGAACAAUGUUGCCUCUGACGAAGCCAACCUGGAGGCUAAGAUUGAGAAGAAGAAGCUGGAGCUGGAGAGGAGCAAAAAGCGACUGCAGACUUUGCAGAGUGUCAGGCCGGCCUUCAUGGAUGAGUACGAGAAGAUCGAGGAGGAGCUGCAGAGGCAGUACGAGACGUAUGUGGAGAAGUUCCGUAACCUGUGCUACCUGGAGCAGCAGCUGGAGGACCUGCACAGGAUGGAACAGGAGAGGUUCGAGGAAACUGAAAACACCCUGCGGCUGAUGCAGAAUAAACUGAAGGAGGAAGAGAAGAGGCUGAUGAAAAGCUCUGGAAAGGAUGAUGAUUCUGACACUGAGAUACAGGAGGACGAGGGCUCGGACAGUGACCUGGAGGACAGACGACCACUGAAGCCACGGCUCACCAGGGAGCUGCCAAUUCACGGGAGAGUUGGUGGGCGAGUGGUCGGAACAAUGCACGGUGCUGACACUGAGGACGAGGAUGAUUCUGAGAACAGCGAGGACGAUGAUGAGGAGGAGGAAUAUGAAAUUGUUGAUGACGAUGAAAGCAUUGAUAUUCAGCCAGAUCAGCCCUCGACACGAAUACACAAGCAGGAGUUACUCGAAGAAAGUGACAAUGACUUUUAGUCUCGACUCCAGGCAACAGCUGAUGCAGAACAAUGUAAAGUCAAAGUGAUCUAUGUAAAGAUGCUGGUGAUCUACUUUCUGGCCAUGAUCCAGCUCAUCACCAUUGUAUAUUAUGCAGUGAAGUGUCAACUGGAAUGGGUACAAGUUGUUACUAAAACAGACAAUACAUCCAACUCCAGUGCAGACAGUAGGAAAUCAUUUCAGAGCAUUGUAAAUUACAUUUAUCUGAUGCUUUUGUCCUUUUAAAAUCCACAUUGCCUCCUGUAAAUUGUUGCAGAAAAGUGAGUAUUAAAAAAAAAAGUUUAUUUCAUCAAACUCUCUGGUUUCCUUCAAAUACUGACCACUGCAGCCUGUGGAUGCUGAUUCCAGUGUUUAAUUACAUACCCAUAGCUUGGUUCUUCAAUGCAGGCAAAAAGCUCAAGCAGUCUCAAUGGAUCUGUAUUAACCAACAUAUUCAGGGUUUCUCUUCUGCUACUACAGUUCAGGAUAGUUAAGACAAUUGAUGGUGUU